AUGUCUAGCCAUGUGUUCCAACCCACCGAUAUCGUGCUGGCCAAAGUCAAAGGGUUUCCUGCAUGGCCGGCCAUGAUCAUCCCUGAAGAGAUCGUGCCAGCCAAUGUCUUGAAGGGCCGGACCACGCGACCCCGCCCAGAACAGGACGAGGACGAGGACGAUGACGAUGAAGAUUCCAAUUACAUUGUAUACAGUGACCUGCUGCGAUUCCGCAAGUACAAUUCUGUACAGCCAUCAUACUGUGUCAAGUUUUUCUGCGACGAUUCCUACAUCUGGCUCAAACCCUCGGACUUCAAACUCUUGAGUCCUGCGCAAUGUGAUGAAUGGCUCAACAGCUCCAAAAAGAAAAACCGUCGACUCGUGCCCGCGUACGAGAUGGCCCGUCGUGGCCCUGAGGGCAUUGAUAUUUGGGAGUUCGUAGAAUACGGCACUAACGGCAAACCUGACGAAGAGGAAUACGUCGAAGAUGAAGGUCCAGACGCUCCAGACGCGCCCGUGGAUGAAAUUGAAGACAGCGGCGACGUCGACGAAGAUGACAUCGAUGAAAACGACACCAGUUUCACUAGCGACUCGGAUUUUGAUGAGCGUCCGAGAAAGCGCGCAUCACGGCGCCGCGCAUCGUCACCACCCAAACGCCCCAGAAGGGCCGCCGCCAAGAGAUCCACCACACGUACCACGCCGCGUAGAAGUACUCGUUCUGGCGAUAGAAAGGCAAAAGAUGAAGACGAAGAAGCAGAAGAGGCGUUAGAACUUCCGGAGCCGCCCAAGAGCAAGUCUCGCCAAAAGAAGAAAAAACCGCAAGUUGAUAAAUACAAAUUCGAAGAUGACGAAGACUGGCUGAUAGUUGGGCUGGGCCCCCAAGAGCCAAGCUUAACAUCUGGAAAUACCUUGGUUUCCAAACUAUCGCAAAAGAAAAACUUGGAGAUACAUAAUGAGCUGAAAGCAGAUUUGGAAGAAAAACUCAUUUUUGUUAAUAAACUUCUCGUCAGCAUGACUGUGACCCCUCAAAAAGAGCAAAACGUCGAUGACUACCACGUACUUAUCGAUGAGCUAGAGCAAUGUCUGAGCCUGAAGGGCUCGCAAGACGAAAUGGUCACAGUUUUUUUAGGAGAUCAUGAAUUGCUUCUGAAUCUGCGAGUCUUUUUCAACUUGAAAUAUGCUGAGUUAGAAUCAUUGGGACUGUGGGUGAGGUUUCAGGAUUGGUUCUCGAACGUUUAUAGAGGAGAGUUUUUCCCGGAUGAUAUAUCCUGGUCGACAAUUCCAACUUCUGAACCGGAGUCGGCCGCAAACGGAAAAGAGGAACUGACAAAUGGCAAAAAGGCAUAG